AUGUUUUGUUGUGCAGACAGUAAGUGACAUCUUAUUUUUUAUUUUUUAGUCGGUUUUUUUAAUUUUAAAGUCAAUUUUUAAUUAUUCAGUAAAAUAUUUUUAAAAUUUUUGUUUUAUUAUUAUAUAGGUUGUUCAAUUAAUUUUGCGCCCCAUAUUAAAACAAAUUUUUGUAAUUUAAAGGCACAGAAUUAUUUGCAUAAUUUUUAGUUUUUUAUCAGAAUGUUCAAAUAAUUCUGCGUCUUCUCUCAAAGCAAAUUGUCGGUUUUAUUGGGCUCAGAAUUAUUUGAACAACGUAAGAUUACAAAUUAUUGAACUUUUUUUUGAAGAUUUGUUAUUGUUUUGUAAAAUACGACACAGUUUAUGAUAAUUUAGAAAAUAACAUAAUGUCCUCAAUUCCAUAUGUUAAGUUGUCAAACGGAGUAAAGCAGCCAAAAGUCGGUUUGGGCACUUUUAUGGUAAGUUAUCUUAACUUCUGCUCUAUUCCAAUUUUAAUAAAAAUUUUUAUCAGCCCACCCCCUUCCAGCUUAAAAUCUCUAACCCUACCACUGCCUACAUGGUUGUUAUAUGUACCAUAAUAUACAUUUUUAGCUAACAGACAAAAGUGUAGUAAAAAAUGCAGUUUUUACCGCGUUAGACAAUGGCUACAGGCUGAUAGACACGGCUACAAUGUAUGACAAUGAAGAACAACUUGGGGAGGUCUUGGAUGAUUACUUUGCGACAAAAAAAUUGAGACGAAGUGAAGUUUUUAUUACCUCAAAGCUACUGUAUUACCAUAUGACACCUGAAUGGACAGAGAAAAUGAUAAAAGAAAGUUUGAAGAAAUUGAAAACAGCUUACUUGGACAUGUACAUGAUUCAUCUACCAUUUAGUUUUAAGGUAAAAUAUUUUAUAAUACUUAUGAUAUUGUAAUAAAUAAAUGCCCUACCCUACUCUACCCUACCCUACCCUACUCUACCCUACCCUACCCUACCCUACCCUACCCUACCCUACCCUACCCUACCCUACCCUACCCUACCCUACCCUACCCUACCCUACCCUACCCUACCCUACCCUACCCUACCCUACCCUACCCUACUUUACCCUACCCUACCUCUCACUCUACUUUGCCACCUUGUCCUACCUUACUUUACCUUACCAUGCCCUAUGAUGCCCUGUCCUACCACACCCUACCAAGCCCUCUCCUCCACCUUUUUCCUUGUAGUGUUACUAUGCUUUGCUUUGCAGAUACUGUACUUACUUUACCGUCCCACAACUUUAUAUAUAUUACUAUUAAUACAAAAUUAAUACAUAAAGCAGUUUUUAGAACUUAUCAACAAAUCUCUUUUCAGUGUGACAAAGCCGGCCAACCUCAACUCAAAAACAAAAAGCCAAUUCACGACACCACCCCUAUAAUCGACACUUGGCGUGUACUAGAGAAGUACUAUAAGACAGGGGUAUUUCGUGCUAUUGGUAUUGCCAAUUUUAACAAGUCUCAACUACAAUAUAUUUGGAAUGAAGCUACAGUAAAACCUCACUGUCUUCAAGUUGAAUCGCAUAUAUUUUGGCCAAACCGAGAAAUCAUCGACUAUGCCAAAUGUUUAGGGCUUACUGUAACAACAUACGGUAACUUGGGUUCUCAGGUUCAGCCGGAAAUCAAGUUGAUGGAUGUUGAUGUUGUGAGAAAGCUAGCCGAAAAAUAUAGAAAAACCGCUGCCCAAAUAUUAUUAAUACAUCAGAUUGAGCUGGGUUACUGUAUUAUUCCCAAAAGUCAAAACCCUACUAGAAUCAAGGAGAAUAUCAAUGGGAUCGACUUUGAAUUGAGCCCUGGAGAUGUUAAGAAGCUGGAUAAGAUCAAGGAUCGGAUCAAGUUUUAUCGGUUUGAAGAGUAAGUUUACUUUUAUGUUACAGUAAUAUUACAUCAUCUGAAUUUAUACUAUCAUACAUAGGCAUAUUUUAUAACUGCUUUACGUUUUAAGCUUCGAUAGCUUGAGAAGAGAGCUACAUACACGUUAAUAUAGGGUAUGGAACAUCAAGAUAGAAUAGGGUGGGGCAAGUCUGUAAGGCAUGUUACGAACAGUAGGGUACAAUAGGUUAGAGUAGGAUGUGAUGUUAAGGUACUGAACGGUAGGAUAGUAGAGCAGAGUAAAGAAAAGUACAAUAGGGCAGGGUAGGGCAAGAUGAGUGAGUAUACGGUAAGAUAGAGUAGGUUAAAGUAAAGUAAGAUACAGUAAUGUUAAAGCCAAAAUAAGUCAAAGAAGACUAAAAUAAUGUUACAGAUUAACAAUAGCCAUAACUCGACUAAUGUUACAAUAAGGUUUCUUAUCCUACCGUAAUGAAAAAAAUAGGGAAGACUCUAGCCCUACGUUAACUCUCGCUGUAUUAAUAAUUUAGUUCUACCUUAACCGUGCCCUACGGUAAGCUUGCUUUAGUCCUACCUUUUAAAACAUUACUCUAGCGAACCUUCCCAUAGUAUUUACAAAAGAAAUACCUGUAUAUAAAUUGAAAAAACUAUAAAUAUACUUCAUUAAUAAACGCUCUUUUCAGUGGCAUUGGACAUCCAGAGUACCCAUGGCCGUUAAUGCAAGUGCAGAGCAACCUCUAA